ACUACCGUUAAAUGUUUGGAGACAAACCUCUUACCUCCUCAGAGAUUUAAAUAUCUCUUUAUAAAACAUUUAUCAGCAUACUGACAACAGCUUCUGUUCACAGAUUUACAGUAACGCUGCGCGCAGGUUUUUGUGCAAAUUAGUGACAUUUAUUUCAGUGAUGGCACAUUUAGAGACGAGGCCACACGGAGUUGGACUUUUCCUGGAAGUGAGAGAAAAGCAUCAAAAUGGACUCCUUGUUAUCAGGAAAGAUGCAUCUGGAAAUCCCGCCAAAGUUACUGUGACGGGCAGCGACUCCAUCCACAUCCAGACUCUCAGGUACGAGCAGAGGCUGCUUUUGCCGACAGGAGUCAUGUUUGAGGAGGGAUCCUGUGUUCAGACAUCCGCAGGUGAAUCUUGUGCGGACGAGCUGCAUUUCAGGAUGCGAAUCCGUGUUUCACAAAGCACAGAUGAAGGGACGUCUGACAGUGUGAUGGAGACACUCCUGGCUAAAGAGAGUUAUUGCUUCUGCUGCCAGGCCUGCAGUACCAGACUGCUGGAAGACAGAGUGUUCCAGCGAGUGCUUCCUCUCCCUAAUGGUAACUGGAACGCCCUUGUGGAUGAGUGGUGUUGCCACCCGGACCCGUUCGCUAACAGGAAGUUGGUGCCCCGUGCUGAUGAUUGUUUUCUGGGUGACACCUUCCUUCUUUUAGCCAGAGAUGGCGCUUGUGAGCACACUCUCACUGAAGAAGUGAGUCCUGGUGGACCAGUAGACAACCAAGAUCCAAAGAAGCCGUGCCGUCGGCUGACGGUCCUGACGUGUACGAGCUGUUCUUCUGUGCUGGGGGAGGCUGUGGGAGCAGAGACCCUGAGACUGUACGUCACACAGGUUGCGGUGGAGCUCGCUGUGGGAGACAGAAAACCAGAUGCUUCACUCAGCAGAUGUCUUUUCCUGGAGAGGACUAUGGCUGCCCGUCUUCUGAAGCUGUCCAACACUCAGACCACCUUCCGCUUCUCUGUGGAGACACCUGAUGGAAAAACUUUCAUGCUUCUCUGGCUGCUGAACAGCGACUCCAUCAUAGCAGCGCUGGCAGAGACGCAUGUUGGAGGUGAGCUUCCUGACGGCUCCCCUGAUCUUCACAAUCCAUCGCCCAGAGCUGCUCGAGCCCUGAAACUCCUCUACAUCUCCUGCUCUGAAACGGACGUCCUGCAGAGGGACAUCAUAGCGAGAUGGGAGGUCACCGUCAUCGGCCAUCCUGUGGUGCUGCCGCUGAACGUGUGUGAGGAACUGUUACAGGUGAUGGAAGACAGCAACUCGUCUCUUCCUGCGUCGAUGCGCUUCAUGACGUCCUACAGGGUGGCGUAUUUGAGACUGUGAGGUCACAGGCUAAGAAGUCAUCAACUCCACUCAGCGGUCUUGCUGGUGAGUUCAGGAGGACCCGGGGACACUGACACAGGAAGUAAAUGAGCACGUUUACAGUCGUUCCUGCACACAGAGGAGCUUCUGAUGACCAGCACCAUCUCUGCAGGAGUGACUGCACAGGAAAUGGUGUGAAGCACGGAGACGUUUAAGUUUUUAUCAUUUACUCUCUAAACGUGCAGACGGGCUCCGACCCAGACAGGUAUUUUUACAUGAAUCAAGCACAAAAAGACAAUAACAGAA